UAAAAGCUGUUUCAUUCUUCCUCACUUUGUCCUCUUUAACAAUUUCUGUUUCUUAUUAAACUCUCCACUUUUUUUCUUUCUUCCGUUUUCCCUUAUUUUCUUUCACAAACCCAAAACUAACUCUACCACAUAUAAAGAGAAAAUCAUCAUAGAUAUUAAUUAAAAUCUCACCAUCAUAUUGUUAUUAUCGCUAUAAUUAUAUAUGGGUUGUGCGAAGCGGCAACGUGAGUACAACAACAGUGUUGGUUUUGUGAUGAGAUGGUGGUUGAUGAUGUUGUUAUUGGGCUCGUGUUGUUUUUUAACAAGCCCAGUUGUGAAAGCCCAUAAAAAUGCAUACGCUACUAUGAUGUAUGUGGGUACACCGAGAGACUAUGAGUUUUACAUCGCAAUACGUGUUCUCUUCAAAUCACUUUCUCGUCUUAAUGUUCAAGCUGAUCUUGUUGUCAUUGCUUCCGUUGAUGUUCCUGUUCGAUGGAUUCAAACUCUUGAAAAGGAAGACGGUGCUAAAGUAGUGAGAGUGGAAAAUAUGGAUAAUCCAUAUAAGCAUCAAGAGAACUUUGACAAGAGAUUUAAAUUAUCGUUGAACAAACUCUAUGCGUGGAGCUUAGUGGAUUAUGACAGGGUAGUCAUGUUGGAUGCUGACAACCUCUUUCUACAAAAUACUGACGAGUUGUUUCAAUGUGGACAAUUUUGUGCUGUCUUUAUCAAUCCUUGCGUUUUCCACACAGGCCUCUUUGUUUUGCAGCCAUCAAUGGAUGUGUUCAAGGAUAUGGUUAAUGAAUUACAGAAUGGGAGAGAAAAUGAAGAUGGUGCAGACCAAGGUUUCAUAGCUAGCUACUUCCCAGAGUUGCUAGAUAAGCCUAUGUUUCAUCCACCACCAAAUGGCACCAAGCUUGAUGGAACUUAUAGACUUCCUUUAGGCUAUCAAAUGGAUGCUUCUUACUACUAUCUUAAACUUCGUUGGAGCGUACCUUGUGGUCCAAAUAGUGUGAUUACAUUCCCGGGAGCGCCGUGGUUGAAGCCAUGGUAUUGGUGGGCGUGGCCGGUCCUGCCAUUAGGCCUCCAAUGGCAUGAAAAGCGUCGUCAAAUUUUGGGGUAUGGCACAGAGAUAGCUGUGAUACUCAUUCAAUCAGCAAUAUACCUUGGAAUAAUAGCAAUGACACGUUUGGCAAAGCCAAAUCUCUCAAAACUAUGCUACCGUCGCUCCGACAAGAGCAUCACAUUGGUGCAAAACAUCCUCAAAUUAGUAGCUCUAUGGAGCAUCCUUGCUGCAUACGCAACACCCUUCUUCAUCAUUCCUCAUACAAUUCACCCUAUGCUAGGUUGGCCAUUGUAUUUGCUUGGUGCUUUUGCUCUAUGCUUGGUCGCGAUUAACGCCUUUCUUCUUCCAAUGUUAUCGGUUUUGAUGCCGUGGUUUGGCAUUCUUGGUGUCUUAUUGGUCAUGGCUUUUCCUUGGUAUUCAGAUGGCGUAGUGAGAGCUUUGUGUGUUUUUGGUUAUGCGUUUUGUGCUGCACCUUUUUUGUGGACAUCUAUGACAAGGAUAAUGGCAGGACUUCAAGUUUCUUUAGAAAGGGAAGGUUUUAUGCCUAGAUUAGGAGAAUCUUCACCACCUUCUUGGUUUAACAAGUUGUAUUGAGAUGUUUAUUUGGGCAUGGAACAUUGACAGGAACAAAGAAAGGCCUUUUCUUCACAAAGUUUUUUUGUUCACUUGUUUGUGAGGAGGAACUGCAAUGAAUUUGGCAUUAUUAAGAUGGUCAAGGUUGGAAUUUUUCACAAUAUUUUUUGGAGUGAGAGGGAUAGUUAGACUCGUUAGCAGGAGGGAGUCAAGAAGUUAUUAUUGUGUAUAUAAAGAUUGUUUUGCCAUUAGAUGUAUUGUGCGCCUGAUUUGUUCCAGUAUUAAACCUUGUAAGCCUGUUGGGCAGUAACAUAGGAUGAGAGAAAUAGAGUACAUUGGAACUUUAAACAAAUCCAAUUCUUUCCUGUGUUUUUUACUAGCUAUAACAAACGUAUUUCAUUUAA